AUGUUUCACAGGGGCCUUCUACACCUAGCCAGGCCUCGAGUGUUCUUCGAUGUCAAGAUCGGCAAGGCCCCAGCUGGAAGGGUGGAGUUCAUGCUCUUCAACGAUGUUUGUCCACUGACUGCCGAGAACUUCCGAGCUCUUUGCACCGGAGAGAAAGGCCUCGGUGCAUCGAAUAAGCCCCUGUUUUACAAGGACUCUCGCAUGCAUCGUAUUAUACCCAAAUUCAUGAUACAGGGCGGUGAUUUCACCAAAGGCAACGGCACCGGCGGGGAGUCCAUCUACGGUUUCCAAUUCCGAGACGAAAAUUUCGACUUGAGACAUAACGAGCCAUUCCUGCUCUCUAUGGCCAACGCCGGUCCCAACACCAAUGGCAGUCAGUUCUUCAUCACCACUGUACCCUGCCCUUGGUUGGACGGCAAACAUACCGUUUUCGGCAAGGUCGUGGCUGGUACUGACGUAGUGAAGAAAAUGGAGUCCGUAGGCACCAAUCGUGAGUAUCUUAUGUUCCUCCGUGUAUGA